AAUGUGCAAGAAACCAUUCCAUCCAUCCAUCCACCUAUCCUAGCUAGGGAGAUAAGAGGAACACUCCUAGCUCGUCUACUCCUAGCUCUCUCGUCCAAUCCGGCCGGUCCCUGUCGCCUCAAGGAGAAUCAUCUGUGGCUAGCUAUAGAUCUUUCUCUCAUCGACGAGCGCGAGCUGCUAGUAUAAUUAGGCUUGUGUUGUUGCAGAGGGGAGCUGAGAGUUCAUCGGGUUGAAUCGAUCGAUCGGCAGGUUUGCGGGCAUGGCGUCGUCGAACAGGCACUGGCCGAGCAUGUUCAGGUCGAAGCACGCCACGCAGCCGUGGCAGACGCAGCCUGACAUGGCCGGGUCGCCGCCCUCCCUCCUCUCCGGCUCCUCCGCCGGCAGCGCCGGCGGCGGCGGCUACUCCCUCAAGUCGUCGCCCUUCUCGUCAGUGGGCGAGGAGAGGGUUCCGGACCCGAAGCCGCGGUGGAACCCGCGGCCGGAGCAGAUCCGGAUCCUGGAGGCGAUCUUCAACUCCGGCAUGGUCAACCCGCCGCGCGACGAGAUCCCGCGCAUCCGCAUGCAGCUGCAGGAGUACGGCCAGGUCGGCGACGCCAACGUCUUCUACUGGUUCCAGAACCGCAAGUCCCGCUCCAAGAACAAGCUGCGCUCCGGCGGGACAGGCCGCGCGGGGCUCGGCCUCGGCGGCAACCGGGCCUCCGCGCCGGCGGCGGCGCACCGGGAGGCCGUGGCGCCGUCGUUCACGCCGCCGCCACCAAUCCUCCCGGCGCCCCAGCCGGUGCAGCCGCAGCAGCAGCUUGUCUCGCCUGUGGCGGCGCCUACCUCGUCGUCGUCUUCCUCCUCCGACCGUUCGUCCGGGUCCAGCAAGCCUGCGAGGGCUACGUCGACGCAGGCGAUGUCCGUGACGACGGCCAUGGACCUGCUCUCGCCGCUCGCCGCGGCGUGCCACCAGCAGAUGCUCUAUCAAGGCCAGCCACUGGAGUCGCCGCCGGCGCCUGCUCCCAAAGUGCACGGCAUCGUGCCACACGACGAGCCGGUCUUCCUGCAGUGGCCGCAGAGCCCCUGCCUGUCGGCCGUCGACCUCGGCGCCGCCAUUCUUGGCGGCCAGUACAUGCACCUGCCGGUGCCCGCUCCGCAGCCACCGUCGUCGCCGGGCGCGGCGGGCAUGUUCUGGGGGCUCUGCAACGACGUGCAAGCGCCAAACAACACCGGCCACAAGAGCUGCGCCUGGAGCGCCGGGCUCGGCCAGCACUGGUGCGGCUCCGCCGAUCAGCUCGGCCUCGGCAAGAGCAGCGCGGCGUCGAUCGCCACCGUGUCUAGGCCGGAGGAGGCGCACGACGUCGACGCCACGAAGCACGGUCUGCUACAGUACGGCUUUGGCAUCACCACGCCGCAAGUGCACGUGGACGUUACCUCCUCGGCUGCUGGCGUUCUGCCUCCUGUUCCGUCCUCGCCGUCGCCGCCGAACGCCGCCGUCACCGUCGCGAGCGUGGCCGCCACCGCUAGCCUGACUGAUUUUGCUGCAAGUGCUAUAUCUGCUGGCGCCGUCGCUAACAAUCAGUUUCAAGGUCUCGCGGAUUUCGGGCUCGUCGCCGGCGCCUGCUCCGGCGCCGGAGCCGCCGCCGCCGCCGCCGCGCCCGAGGCGGGCAGUUCCGUGGCCGCGGUUGUGUGCGUCAGCGUCGCGGGCGCCGCGCCGCCGCUCUUCUACCCGGCCGCGCACUUCAACGUGAGGCACUACGGCGACGAGGCCGAGCUGCUCCGCUACAGAGGAGGCAGCCGCACGGAGCCUGUGCCCGUCGACGAGUCGGGCGUCACCGUCGAGCCGCUCCAGCAGGGCGCCGUCUACAUUGUUGUCAUGUAACUAUAGAUUAAUUAGUUAUCUCUCCAAUCCGUAUCAUUGCUGUACUAGUUAAGUGGCCCAUAUAUAUAUAUAUAUAUGUGUUGCCAGUCUUGUCGAUCAAUUAAUCAAUCUAGCUUUUUUUUUUAGAUAAUAAUUAAUCAAUCUAGCUAGGGUUCUAAUAUAUCUUGCAUUCUACUGUACGUACGUAUGUGUAUCGAUCGAUCGAUCCCUUUUUAUGUAUGCAUUAGCAUUGGGAGAGCUCGCUCUCUGUUCAUUGCAAGGGAUCCACCUUGAUUGUAUGCUAGGUGAUGCAGCUUAAACACUGCAGUAGAUUUACUCUACCUGCAGUCUACCGUGCAUGUCGUAUGAAUAUGAAGCUUUUGUUGGUGAA